GGGUUGAGCUAAAGUCUGAUACCAGUAGUGUGUCAGCACAUUCUUGUUGUGAAUCUGCUCUUGAUAGGACGUGUGUGUGUUUCAUGAAUAUUGUUGGAUAUACCUGUGCAGAAUUCGGAGUACCUUUAAUCAUGACACUGACAGAAUACGACGAUAACAGCAAAAUGCAGCAAAAACCACAGAAUCAGCUGACUGUAGGCCACGCCCUCAGAGACACCAUUUGGCAGGGCUUAGAGCAAGGAAGAUUGACUUGUGGAAUGUUCGAAUGUGCAAAGCAUUUGGAAAUAAACCCCCAUAACAUCAUGCUGUGUGUCCUGCCCGAGGAUAUGGUUGGGGAUGUAUCAGUGCACAUCCAUCACACGCUCAUCGAGGCUUUCUGCAUGGAAAACAACAUCAGACUUGUCAGGGUUGAUAGCGAAGACAAAUUGGCUUCUGUUGUCAAGUGUCGCCCAGGGCAGAAGAUGAACGACAACGAUGUUGCUGGUGGAAGGGUCACUUAUAGCGACGCAGGUUGCGUCAUCGUGGAUUACCCGGAGGAAGACCUCAGUCCUGCAGAAGUGAUGGUGACGACGUUCUGCAAGUCUGUGGCCGGGAAAGGGUAUGGCCCGGCGUCCUUGGUGACAAUACCCGCAUGAACAUGACUGACAGCAAAUGGACAAUCUGAGGGAAAACCACAUCCCGAAAAUAUCCUAAAAAAAUGAAGAGCUCUUCAUGCCGGUGAGACAUCUUAGAUAGCAGCUGCCGAGUUGGAUCUAAUGUCUCAAACCGUAGAUGGGUUGAAGUCAUCUUCAUUGAUACAUAGCCAUUGUCUCAUCAACACAAUUGGUCAUGAAAACGCCAUGAUUCAGGACGAGAGACAGGAUUGGUCACUGGUACCGGUUAUCCUACAUCAUCAACAGAUCGCGUGGGGUGUUGUUAAAAACGACUCCCAUCACGUUGUCAACGAACAACGGAAACGAACCAUGCGAAUGAACUGUGAAAGAACAUCGGAAUUCGAUUGGAUAUCACCUGAACAGUGUGUUUGAAACAACAUUUCAUGGCAUUCAUCUAUGCAAAAAAACAUAAAAGCAAAAAUGUGUAUAUAUAACAUGUGACAAAGUGACGAUAUGUCGUCUGGGAAGAGACAAACAUCGUAGUGCAUCAACGCACAGGAACAUGUGACAUUAUCUUAGGGUUACCUGCCCUUGAACCACACAUCGACGAAGGAGGGGAGCUGUGAAAGAGCUCAGAGAAGCUCGACUCUGCCGAUCAGCUAACGGCUAAACAAAGUAACGGGACUCUGUGUUAGCAUUGUCCUGAUACUUUACGCAAUAGACAAUUGUUUGUCAAUUCAUUUUAGACAAAUUAGAAUGUUAUAUUUUUUAGCUUGUUUCUUUGACAUUUGUAAAAGUAAUCAGUCUUCAAUGUUACUGUUUUCAUUUUGUAUCAGGUUACUUAUAAUGUUUAGUUAUUUUGUAUAGAAAUAAAAAAAAUUAAAAGCAA